AUGGACGAAUCCAUCUCUUCCUUUGUCGCUAUUACAGGGGCAACUGCGGACGUGGCUCGCGGAUUUCUUCAGAUAGUAAACGGUGAUUUCGAAAGAGCCAUUGGAUUAUUCUACGAAAACCCGGAGCUUGCCUCUGGAGUGGGAGCUGGCAUCGCCGAACCGACCUCUGGUCCAGCCAACCCAACAUCUUCAUCGGGGCGCCGCCCCAAUAUUGGCCACGAGGGCGCAAGCGGCAUCAUUCACAUAAGUGACGACGACGAUGAUAACGAUGACGACGACGAUGUUAUGAUGGUCGAUGAUGCGAGAAGUGGUGACGAUGGCGAGCGAGCUGCAGUUCAACACGCGGCUGCCAUGGCGCAAGAAGAGGAGGAUGCCGCCAUGGCAAAGCGGCUGCAGGAAGAGCUGUACCAGGGUAAUUCGGCCGGUCCAGGAGCACCCGAUGAUGUCAGGGCUCCCAUUGCACGAACGACAGAGACACUUGUUGCUCCGGAUCCUGCUUGGGAUGGUGCUGUCGAUGACGAGACGACCCAAAGGUUUCUGGAGCAGCUGCGGAAUAGAAGACACCCCCCUCCUCGUAGUGGCGGCCCGUUCGCUCAGCGAAUUUGGGGCGAUGCUGCCGGCGUGACACCGCCCAGCGCCACGGAAAAUGGAACCCACGCGCGACGAUUAGAGGACCUCUUUCGACCACCGUAUGAGCUGAUGGCCCGAGUUAGCUGGGACGAAGCAAGAACGCUGGGGAAAGAAGACAAGAAAUGGAUCCUGGUCAAUCUGCAAGACAUGAACGACUUCAAUUGCCAGGCCCUCAACCGAGAUAUAUGGAAAGAUGCAGCGAUUAAGGAGCUUGUAUCUGAGAACUUUAUCUUUUUACAGUAUGACAAGGACUAUCCAGAUGCCGAAGAGUACAUCACCUUCUACUUUCCCAAUCGAACACACGAGAAUCCAGACAACUACCCACACGUCUCCAUCGUCGAUCCCAGAACUGGAGAACAGGUCAAAGUAUGGAGCGGGCGGCCUUUCCCAACGGCAGCUGACUUUCACGCCGAGUUGGCCGAGUUCCUCGACAGAUACAGUCUCGCUGCCAACAGCAAAAAUCCCGUUGCCAAGUCCACAACGCGAAAGCCGGCAGUGGUGGAUGUAGACCGGAUGACUGAAGACGAAAUGCUGGAGAUGGCCUUGAAGAAUAGCCUUGCCGCGGGUGGCGGCGAAAGCAGUCGAUCGACAUCGACACCAAACAUUCAAGAUCCAGAUGCCUUUACGAAAUCGCCCGGCCCCAGUGAUGGCGUGGGAGAUGGCGGCAAGGGCAAAGAAGCCGAAGUAGCACCCGAGCAAACUGUUUUCGCCCUGAUAUCUAGCGGGAAGCCGCACACGGAACCGGAGAACAAUCCCGCAACAACAACCAGAAUACAGUUUAGGCACCCUACGGGCCGUGUCAUUCGACGAUUCAACCUGCAAGAUCCGGUGCGCCGGAUUUACGAGUGGCUCAAGGCUGAGCCGAUGCCAGGGAAAGACGGCGUCGAGUUCGAGCUGAAGAAGAUGCCACAAGGCCAGGAUCUGAUUGGAGAUGUGGACAGCACCAUUGAAGAGACUGGACUCAAACAAGGCACCGUAAUGAUUGAAUUUAUUGAGGACUGA